AUGAUGAACAAUCUCAGCCAUCUAGAACCUGAUUACUCUGAGUUUGUCGAAAUUGAUCCUACUGGAAGAUAUGGCAGAUAUCAUGAAGUUCUUGGUAAAGGAUCUUCAAAAACCGUUUACAGAGCAUUUGAUGAGUAUGAAGGAAUGGAAGUAGCAUGGAACCAAGUAAAGCUCUACGAUUUCUUGCAGAGUCCUCAGGAGCUAGAAAGGCUCUACUGCGAGAUCCAUCUCCUCAAAACACUGAAACACAAAAGCAUCAUGAAGUUCUACACUUCUUGGGUCGAUAUCGAGAAUCGAAACAUCAACUUCAUCACUGAAAUGUUCACUUCUGGCACCCUCAGGCAGUAUAGGCUAAAACACAAGAGAGUGAACAUAAGAGCUGUGAAGCAUUGGUGUAGACAGAUCUUGAGAGGCUUACACUAUCUUCAUAGCCAUGACCCUCCUGUGAUCCACAGAGAUCUCAAGUGUGACAACAUUUUUGUCAAUGGGAACCAAGGAGAAGUCAAGAUUGGUGAUCUUGGUCUUGCUGCUAUCUUGCAAAACUCUCACGCUGCUCAUUGUGUUGGGACACCAGAGUUCAUGGCUCCUGAAGUCUAUAAAGAAGAAUACAACGAAUUAGUCGACAUAUACUCGUUUGGUAUGUGCGUUUUGGAAAUGGUAACGUUUGAUUAUCCAUACACCGAAUGUUCUCACCCUGCUCAGAUUUACAAGAGAGUUAUAUCGGGCAAGAAACCAGACUCAUUAGAGAAGGUGAAGGAUCCUGAAGUUAGAGGCUUUAUAGAGAAAUGCUUAGCCACUGCGUCCCUCAGGCUCUCUGCUCGUCAACUAUUAGACGACCCUUUUCUUUGUACCGAUGAUGGUGACUCGACUUUGAGACCCGUAGAGAUCGCAACAAGAAGUCAGAUAGAUGAAGCUGGGCCUACUCUUCUUAGUCAUUCAUAUCAUACAGCUGACUAUUACUACAAUGACCAAACCAAAGGAAACUCUUUUGAUCAUCCUCACUAUUCAAACGGUUACUGUAGCCACGAUAGUCGAAACCAGUGGGAUUACAAUGGCCAUGAGACAGUGGAGGAGUCACACGGAGUAGACGUCUUUGAGUUUCAUAACGAUGAUCAUGAAGAAGUAGAAGAAGAUGAUGAGAGCUUAGAUAAUGUCCAUAUAAGCGUCAAAGGAAAGAGAAGAGAUAAUGGUGAUGGACUGUUCCUACGACUCAGAAUCGCUGACAAGGAAGGGCUUGUGAGAAACAUAUACUUCCCGUUUGACACAGAGACUGAUACAGCAAUCAGCGUUGCAAGAGAAAUGGUGGAAGAGCUGGAGAUGGACGACCGGGACGUCACAAAGAUAGCUAACAUGAUCGAUGCAGAGAUUGCUUCUCUUGUUCCCAGUUGGAGAUUAUCAUCAGGCGUCGAGUUGGAGAGCAUUUUCUGCAGCUGCGACUCGAACCCUUCUUCGUUGGGUUCGCUCAUGGAUUUGAACUUGAUUCAGUGUUGUGGAAACGAGUGCGAAGAGAAGCGUGGAAGGUUCGAGGAGAUCACGUUUGGGGCAAAACCACUCUGA